CCUACUGCAACAACACUCUCGGUCUCAGUCUAAGCCGCUCUCGGAGUUAGCAACGUCGCAGCCGACGCCGUCGUCGCAGCGGCAAAUGCGACCGCAUUCUCAGUCAAACAACAAACGUAACUGAAGUAACAACGGUGUCCGCGGCCAAUAAUAUUAAAUACACCACGCUCCCCCCUCGAGUCUAUAAAAUACUAGUGCUAUAAAGGAAACAACGAAAAGUGAUUUAAAGGCAUACAAAACAAUAAUAUUGUGUGCAAAAAUCAAGAAUAAGAAGAAGUCAAAGCUUUGCUGAAAGAGCGCCAAGCGCAGGCGACUGGAAGUGUUUCUAUCUCUGUCGCUCGACUUGAAAGUGAUGAAAUUGUUGUUGCUGCAUUUCGGCAGCAAGUGUUGUGCUUAAUGUUGCGUCUGCCAACGCGUGAGCAGUGCGUCGACUGGCUGCAGUUUAUCUUUUUGCUGAUCCUACACAUCUGGAACGCCUUCAGCAUGUCGCUAACGCGCAGCCGUCAAACGACGCUCAAGUGGAUUAAGAAGCGUUUGUCGCUGCCGCGUCGACGUCAGCAGCACCAGCAGCAGCAGAGACAACGGACUGACACAAACAAGGCAGCAGCAACAACAUCAACAACUGCAGCCACAACAACAACAACAACAACAAACAGCGACCCAGGAGCUGAAUUUGUGGAUCAGGGCCAUUUAAGCGAGAUCUUGGUGCUGAGUGACACUCAAAUCGAUGGCCCGGCCGCGAUGUCGGCGCCGCCAGCAGUUGCCAUCGACAUGGACAACAUGAACACGGACACAGCCAGCAACAACAACAACAACAACAACAACAUGAACGAGGCCAGAGCGGGCCACACAGCGCCAAUAGCGCGCGACGAGUUUGUUGAGGAGGAGUCGGAAGAGGAGGAGGAAAUGCAAGAGGAGCUGGAGCUGCGGCAGGAGGAGGAGCUGGCCAAAACGAAUGCUAAUUAUGUGUGCUGUCAAUGCCCAGCAACAACAACAACAACAUCAACAGCAGCAGCAGCAGCAACUGCGAGCCGCAGCAAGUCGCGUGUACGCAGCUAUCUAAAGAAAUGCAAGCAACGGCUAACGGGUCAACAGAGCAGACCAGCAACAGCCACAGCAACGGCAACAACAGCAGGAGCAACAGCAACCAAUGUUGCAAUAGUAACAGCAACAGUUGCAGACGCAGCAGCAACAGCAACAAGAGCAACAUCUCCAGCCACAGCAACAACGACAACAGCAACGAUUACAUUGAUCAAGAACGAAGGAACAGCACCCACGAUGCAGCAGCAGCAGCAGCAGCAGGAGAAUGAGUCCAAGCAGGAGCAGGAGGAGGCAGAGGACUCCAGCUGUGGCAGCAGAGAUUCAGCGAGCGCCUACGUGGACUGCUUGCCGAUUGAUUUAAGCCUGCGCCGAGCGCCAACAGCGCCGCAGGAGUCGAGCAGCAGCAGCAGCAGCAGCGAAUCUGAAACCGAUGAAGAGCCAAGGGAGCAGCAGCAGCAGCAGCAGGAGGAGAUGGCAGAGCAAAAGGUACCAUUGCAAGAGGCACCAACAGUUGCCACAAAUCAAUGCCACAUGGAUGCGGAUGGGGUCCAGCUGGCUGAGCUGAUUGACAGGCAUCUGUCGCACAUUUAUCCCGUCUACUGGGCACGCACGCGUGCGAUUUUAAUGCGCCAGGCACGUGAGUUGCUCGCCCUGAGAUACGAUGGCUGCCUGCCGCGCUUCGAGCAGCGUUACCUAUGCAAAUUUGCGCAAAUUGCCGCAACGCUGCGCGCCACUCAUCAAAUUGGCGAGUCCUGGUUAUGGCAUGCCGGCUGGCCGCUGGCCACAUCCAAUGGAGCCCUCGUACUCCAGCUGAGCGACUCUGAGUUCGCGCACGCACUCCAACCCGCCGAGCUCUAUCUGUGUGUCAAAUUGGAUUCUGACGCAGAGGCCACACCGCAGCUUUAUGUCGUUUGGCGCUCGUCCGAGCAGCAGCAGCAGCAGCAGCAAGAGGGGAGCACACCGAGUGGAGGGCAGAGCAACUGCAUUCAUAUCGAUUACACUAAAACGCAACAGCAGCCACUGAGCGUGCUGCAACUAGAGAUGUCAAUGGCAGCCAUGGGAGCAGCAACAGCAACAGCAACAACAACAGCAGCAACUGCUGCAGCAGGACACGCACAGAGUGCGGCACAGGAGAGGGCGCAGUUCCAGGGUGAGGCUAACGAAGCCAUCGAGUUGCCGCAGCUGUUGCAGAAUUUGCUCGUGAGCGUGGAGCGCAGCAUUGAGCGCGUGUCGCUAAACGAGCUGCAGAUGCCGCUGGCACUGCACGAGGAUCAGCUCGAUGAGGCCAACAACAACAACAGCAACAGCAACAGCAGCAGCAACAACAACAUUGGAUCGCCAAAGUGCGCACUGAGGCGCAGCGAUUUAAUUACCAAAAACAAACUGUUCAACAAUCGUUACAUGCUCCGGCGCCUGACCAAUCGACAGGAUAGCAUGAACUCCACCUCGUCGGGCAACAGCAAUGCCAGCGAGCGUAGCAGCAGCAGCUCGAGCGCCAGCGAGGAGCUGCACAGCCAUCUAAACAGCAACAGCAACAACAACAACAACAGCAACUGCAACCACAGCAGCAACAACAACAACAACAACAACAACAACAAUGCAGAGCUUGUUGCAUCGACAUCGCCUGCCUUGCCGCUAUUUUGUUUGGGCAGCUCAUUUCCGCACAUUGACAGCGACGAGGAGGCCACCGAUGCUGGCGAGAAGCGUCAGACACGCGCGCUUAACAGCGAGACGACGCAGCUGGCAGAGCCGAAGACGGAGAGGGAGAUGGAGAGGGAGAUGGAGAGGGAGAGGGAGACGGAGCGGGAAACGGAACUGUUGCCGCCCAACUCGAUCAGCGAAUUGCCCGAGAAACUGUUGAACAGCGGCGUCUAUUUGCCAGGCACACGCACCCUCCAAGGCGACCCACUUGUCCAUGUGGAGGCGGACGCGGUGGCCGGCGCUGGUCUCAAUUGCUACGAGCUGGCCACGCUGUUGCUUUACUAUAGCACCAUACCGGAGCGCAGCAUUGGCCAUAAAAGUACACAGCAGCAACAGCAACAGCAACAGCAACAACAGCAGCAGCAGCAACAGUUGCAGCCAGCUUCGCGCACAUUUACCAUUUUAAUUGCCAUCGAGAAGUCGCAACAUUUAUGCGUAAUCGACUUAAUUUGCCAAAGCCUCAAAUUGUUAAGCAAGCAAAUUGGCAAUUGUGAAAUUUUGGCCGUUUGCCUCGAUGCGAAUUUGCUGCAAUUGUGCAACCAGCAGCAGCAGCAACAGUUGCAGCAGCAGCACAGCAGCAAUAGCUGCGAUCAAAAGGACCAGCAGCAGCAGCAGCAGCAGCAGCAACAACAAUUGCAGUUGCAGUUGCAUUUGGUUAAAUUCAUUAGCGUGGACCAAGUCACGACAAGUGUUGCGCCAUCGCAGUUGCCGAGCGGAGCGCUCCGGGGCCAGCAUCAUCACGACGCGCGCAAGUGGCGCGAGUUCUUUGCCCAGCUGGAGGCGUUCCAGCGGCAGUGCUCCACUGCUGGGGGUCGUCUCGUUGGCGCUCUGAGCGACAUACGCGCCGCCGAUCUAUUGGGCUUGCCAACACGCCGUCAGCUCUAUGGCCAGCAUCGUGCCCUUAGCCGUGCCCUCAUGGACUCCCAGCUGCAUAAUCUCCGCAAGAAUGGCGCCAACCAGCUGUUGCGCCUGCAGGCGGCAGCCAGUGCCAUCAAUGCAGCGCCAGCAACUGCAACUGCCACACCCACAGCUACGCCCACGCCCGCUCCAGAUGCAACAACUGCUUACCACUUGGAUGCAGCUCAUAAGCUGCGCAAGGUGACGCUGCUCUACAGCGAGGUGGAUCGCGCCGCCCAGCGUCUGGAGCAGCUGACGGAGCAGCGACGCGAGCGACUGCGCCAGCUGACGCGACAACGCGCCUUGGAGGAUGAGAUCAAUGAGGUCACCUCUUGGCUGGGCAAUGACGGUGCUGAAACCUUGCAAAGAUUCGCACAGCUGCAGCUGGAGACCGAGGCGCAGCUGAAGGCCCAAGAGCUGGAAUUUGAGAAAUACUAUUUCAUAGCCAGGAAACACUUGGCCAAGGGUCGCGAUCUGCACUUGGCAGCCAAUAAGAUUGCCGUGCUCAGCGAGAGCGCACAGAACCUGAAGACGGCGCUGGACCAAUUCGCAGAGAAGCUGGAGAAGACGCGCGAGCGUAUCGAGGGCGGUGCACGACUGCUGCAUCUGCUGACGCAGCAUCAGCGCGAGACGAGUUGUCUGGAGGAGCUGCAGCGCCUCGCCGCGCAGCUGAAUGCCACAGCGCUGCUGGACAAGCACCUGCCCGCUGUGCGCAGGAGCAGCACACUGCCAGCAGCCAGCAGCACGCCGGCCCAGGCUCAGGGCAGCAAGCGGGGCAGCUAUCGCUGCAGCUCCGGCAAUGGCAGCUCCUUCGAGGGCGCCACCGGCGGCAGCCAGUGCAGCUGCUGGCGCGAGAGUCGCAAUCUGGAGGACAUGGACGAGCCAGAGGAGGAGCCGGAUCGCGAGUGCCUGGGCGAUGCCGACGGCGAGGAGCAACAGUCCAAGAUAGCCGACUCCGGCGUCGGAGUCUGCGACAAUUGCGAACGCAAUCCGAAGCUGGCGAGGAUCUGCAGCUGCCAGAGCCUAAACGAGAAGAGUCACGACGAGCUGCUCGAGGAUGAGUGCUUCGAUCGGCCGACCAAGCGCUACAUGGACAUGCACUCGCCCAUGGAGGCGAAUGCUCAUCUGCAGUGCCAUGCGUCCAACCUGGAGCUGACCACACUGGAAGAGCUCAGCUGUUUGGAACCAAAAAUACAAAAAACGCUUCUAUUGAUCAUGCGCGAAAUGAUUGGUACCGAACGCGACUACGUGCGCUCCUUGUACUACGUAAUCGAGAACUAUAUCGAUGAGCUGUUGCGCGAGGAUAUUCCACAGCCACUGCGAGGCCAGCGGAACGUGAUCUUUGGCAACAUUGAGAAGAUCUUCGAGUUCCACAACUCGCACUUCCUUGGCGAGCUGGAGCGCUACGAGCGCAAUCCGCUCAAGGUGGGCGCCGCCUUCCUGGAAAUGGAGUCCAAAUUCUAUUUGUACGCGCUGUACAAUAAGAACAAGCCUAAGAGCGAUACGCUGCUCAGUGAAUAUGGCAGCUCGUUCUUCAAGCCGAAGCAGAUGCAGCUGCAGGAUAAGAUGGACCUGGCCUCCUACUUGCUGAAGCCUGUCCAGCGCAUGGGCAAGUAUGCGCUGCUGCUGCAGCAGCUGGUCAAGGCGGUCAAGGGCGUGGAGGGCGCCGCGCUGCAAGAGAUUGCCGCCGAUGUGGAGGAGCUGCAGCGUGCCGAGGAAAUGGUCAAAUUCCAGCUGCGACACGGCAACGAUCUGCUGGCCAUGGACUCGCUGAGAGACUGCGACGUCAAUGUGAAGGAGCAGGGACGAUUGCUGCGACAGAACGAGUUUCUCGUCUGGCAGGGGCGCGGCGGCAAGAAGACGCUGCGACAGGUGUUUCUCUUUGAGGAGCUGGUGCUGUUCAGCAAGGCUCGACGUUUUCCCGACCACAAGAACUUGGACAUUUACAUCUACAAGAACAGCAUCAAGACCUCAGAUAUUGGUUUGACAGCGCAUACGGGCGACUCGACGACCAAGUUUGAGAUCUGGUUUAGGAAACGCAAGCCGGAUGACACCUGGGUGCUGCAGUGCAUGUCGGAGGACAUUAAGAAUGCCUGGACCGAGGAGAUAUCGAAGCUGCUCUGGAAGCAGGCGAAACGAAAUCGAGACAUUCGCCUGGCAGAGAUGUCUUCCAUGGGCAUUGGCAGCAAACCCUGCCUGGACAUACGCCCGAGCAACAAUCAGAUCAGCGACCGUUCCAUACCGCUCACGCAGCUGAACAAGACGCCCAAGCUGCGUCAUACGGAGCCUGGCAAGGGCAGCAUGCGUCGUCCCAACUCGCUAAUCUCGGAGAGCUCGCUCUCCAGCGGCACCAGCACCACGAGCAGCAGCUCCAUCAGCGGCGGCUGCUCCUCCGGCCAUGCCGCGCAUGAGACGGGAAGACACAGCCUCAAUCUGAGCUUCAGCAAGCAUUGCUCGAGCAAUAGCAACAACAACAGCAGUCCGGCCACCUUGGAGCUGAUCAAUGAGACGCAGGCGCUGAAGCUGAGCAGCAGCAGCGAGCAGCAGGAUAGCUCAGCAGUGGCCAGAGGCCAGGCCACGCCCACGCUCACGAGCAGCGGCUCGAGCCGCAGCAGCAAGCGACACCACAAACGAUCGACGACAAUCGUCAGCCAGCUGUCCAUGGAGAGCGGCAUACUGUCCGAUAUGUCCAUAACGCCGGAUCAGGAGCAUGCCCACUUGGCCGCCGAGCAGCUGUCGGGCAACCGAGGCAGCUGGUCCACCAGCCUGGCCAGCGCCAGUUCCAGCACGAACACGAGCACCUCGACCGUUAUACUGCGUCGCUACAAGUCGUACGCCCACGCAGCUGAGUCAGCGAGUCCGCCCGAGAGCAACAAGUGAAGCCUUCCUCUAAGCCGAAGGAUGCCCGAGAGAGCGAUAGAGCGAGGGGGAGAGGCAGAGGCACAGAGAGUAUACAUAGCUUUAGCGAAACGGUUUCAUCAGAUUCAAAUUAUCAUAUACGAACAUACAUACAAACAUACAUACAUAUAUAUGCAUGCAUACUUAUUAUAAUUUUUGUUAUUUAUUAUUUAUUUGAUUUUAGUUGCGUUACAAUUUUUUGUCAUCAAUUUUCAUCCUAUUGUAUUAUUAUAAUUUGCCCUGGAUGCAGUUUUCCUCUUU